AUGCGAUCAUCAAGUCGUACGACGACAAGAUCGAGCCUUGUGCGGUUCGCCGAGGCGCCGAUCGGCAACUUCUUUGCCGACGCGUCCAAGGCGUUCUACACCAAGAAGACGGUCGACGCCGCGGUCAUGAACGGCGGCGGCAUCCGCACGGACAAGGUCUGGCCCGCGGCCGACCUCUCGAUCGGCGACCUCAUUUCGUGGUCGCCCUUCGGUGACUCGAUCGUCGUCAUCAGCACGGACGGCGCGAGCUUCAAGAAGUUUAUGAACUUCAAGAUGAUCGACUCGUGCGGCGACAAGAUUGUCGCGGAGAACGGCCAUUACUUCCACAUGGCCGGCAUGACGUACACGUUCACUUGCAGCGGCAAGGGCGCCGGUGUGAUCACGAGCCUCCAGUGGGCCACCGAAGGUCGCUCGGGCGACGUCAAGGACGACGACAAGCUCAACCUCGCGCUCUCGACGUACAUGAAGGGUCUCUUCGACCAGGCGGGCGGCAAGUCUACGUGGGUCGUCAACCCGAACGAGGCGACGCGCAUCGAAGCCAUCUUGGAGGCGUUCACAACGAAGAACGGAGGCAGCGUCUGCCCCAAGCUCGAGGGCCGCAACAAGGUCAUCCCGACGUCGGCGUCGUAA